CAGGAGUUUAGAGGUGGGUGUGGAGGAGAAGUGCGCAGGAGUUUAUAUACCGCGCUGGAGUGGAAUGAAGCCGCUGUGGGUGGAUCAUAUUGAUGUUUGAACUCUUUCCAAACUCCAGCACUGUGACUCCGCCGUGUGUGUGUGUGUGUUAUUGUUGUGUGAGUGAGUGUGUGUUAUUGUUGUGUGAGUGAGUGUGUGUUAUUUUUGUGUGUGAGUGGGUGUAUAUGUGUGUGUGUUAUGAGUGGGUGUGGGUGUGUCAGGAUCACACACUGAUGUAGGACCGAGAGCGCGCGCACCCGCCACGCCACAGCAGCCCGCGCGCGCAGUGAUGACGCUGGAUGUGAACAGUAACGUGGUGGGGUGUCUCGCGCUGUUCCGCGCGCACUGGCGGGCGACCCUGACCUACUGGAGCGCGUUCUUCAGCUUCGGCCUGAGCGUCGCUCUGCUCGGACCCACCGCGCUCGACCUGCGCUGCCAGACGCGCUGCAGCCUGCAGCAGGUCACGCUCGCCUUCUUCGCGCAGCAGUUCUGCCUGUUCGUGGGAAGCUUCGUGGGCGCGUUCUUCAGCAAGACACUCUGCUCCUCUUUGACGUCCCUCGCUGCAUCCACGUUAAUCAUCUCCAUGGUGUUCGCGAUCAUCCCACUAUGCAGCAAUUUGCUGAUGCUGGUAACUGCGACGGCUGUUACUGGCCUGGCCAUGGGCAUCAUCGAUACCAUCUCUAACCUGCAGCUGGUGAAGCUCUACCAGAAAGACUCUGCUGUCUUUCUCCAGGUGCUUCACUUCUUCAUUGGUCUUGGGGCAUUGUUGAGCCCCAUCAUCGCUGACCCGUUUCUGUCCGAGACCGACUGCAUCUUAGGAAAUGCCACCAUCAAUUCAUCAAUAAACAUGAAGCACUUGAGGAACACGAUAUCUGGCAGACACUUGCACAAUGUGUCCCAAGUUUCUCUCAAUACUCAGGGUGAAGUGGUCACCAGUGUGUCCUAUGCCUUCUGGAUCAUGGCAUUCGUCAAUCUUCCUGUUCCGAUCGCCGUUUUGGUUCUCAUGUAUCGGGAGCGGCUGCUCCCAUGUUGCCCUGAACCAAGUCCUCGUCUCUUGGGUGGGGAGUCGCACAUGGGUGCAGUAGAGAUGCAGACGACCCCGGAGCAGGCUGACGGGAGCAUGACGGUGCUGCAUGAACCUACAGGUCACAUGGACAUGCUCAACUGCUAUCAUCUCAGCAAGCUGAAAGGACUUCCACCAUCUUUCUUUGGGCUCCAUAUCUUCGGAGGGGUGGUGCUUUUCUUCUCUGAUGGCAUAGUGGGGUCAUACACAGGUUUCGUUUACACCUAUGCUGUGGGUCCACCCAUGCAUCUAAUGCACAAGACGGCAGGUUACCUGACCAGCGUGUUCUGGGCAGCCAUCAUGGUUGGGCGUCUGGCCGCCAUACCGCUGUCUUACCGUAUCAAACCUGUUCGCAUGCUCACCUUUAACCAGGUUGGCGUGAUAGUGACUCAGCUGCUUCUGCUCAUCUUCUACACGAACAGUGCCUUCUUUUUCAUUGGGACCUGCCUUCUGGGUCUGUUCAUCAGCAGUAUCUACCCAUGUAUGCUGGCUUUCACUGAAGACCUCCUUGACUACAAAGGUUGUGCCACUGCAGUCCUUGUGACCUGUGCUGGAAUGGGAGAGAUGUUUCUGCAGUUACUGGUGGGAUCGAUGAUCGAGACACACGGCAAUUACAGCUUCAUAUUAUCUGGUAUGAUCUUUGGCUGCAUGGGCUUCAUGUUCUUCCUGGCACUGCUUUUAGCUCAACAUCGACACAAAAAAUACUUGGCAGCUGCUUCCACUGCCACGCCUGUAGCAGAAAGAUCUGGGGCUACUGAAGAGCAACACUGACUGCCUGGUGGCGCUCCGGAGUCGAAGUCAGGCCAAACAGCCCAUGAUGGUCACAGUCUGAGACUGCACUGUAGGAACAAAAGGGACAAGACUGGAUCAUGGUCUCUAGUUUGAGACAAAUCUUCAAAGCCUGAGAAGUGUUGGACCUUUUCAUAAAAGACCAAAGAUGAUUUGAGGUGUGUGUGUUGUAAGUCUGGGGAAAUUGGGACUUUUGCUUCCAGAUUCUGCUGUCGCUGCCAAAAAGGAGAGGAAAAUGUACCACUUGCCUCCUGUUUGGACAUGAUUGGUGUGUGAAUUGGGCCAAGUCUUGUUUUAAAGCUUAUUUUGAAUCUUCCGGUGAGCUAAAUUUCCCAUCCCAGUUUGUUUGCAACUGCUUUUUUUUUUUUUCUUCUCCUUGAGCUGUAAAUCAUGAAUGUAAACUAAAGUGGAUAAAAAUUCA